AUGAGCAAAAUUCUUAAAGUAGUCGGAGCCUCCUGGCUGCAAACCAAAAUAAGCUCUUAUAUACUGGCUUUCCUUGGAAUUCUUGCUAUUUUAGCGCUCUUCUUUGGACAAUUUGAAAGGAUCCAAGGGGAUGGAAAUUACGCAGCAACUGUUUUCUAUUCAGACAAAACUGGAUAUCGAAUUGAAUACUGGGGUGAGAGCAAUGAGCUCAAGGAUAUAGCACGGGGUGUAGCUCGUGCGUACUUCAGAGGAGAUAUAGAAACAAACGGGUGGUCUUUGUUAGAAGUUGAAACAGAUGGUUCUUAUCCAGACGAAAUCCAAGCUUACGCAGCCGGCAUAGUUGAAGGUGCUUUGACCUGGUACCUUAUUCACAUGCAUUUAGAGAACACCAUACGAGCGAAAUGCGAAGACCAGCCAUUGGAGAAGAACUGCGAUAAAUUAAGAGACGCUUUGGACAAGUCAGCGAAUAUUUGGAAAUAUUACGCGGACGAACGAGCUCCGGUUGAUCCGUUUUGGCAUCAUGUUUCGUUAUACUACACCCAGAUCAGAGGAAUUUAUACCGGCUGGAAAUAUGGUAUAGAGAAAAGCAUGCUGGAAUAUGAGACAGAUAUAUCUGAUUUGUAUUGGUUGAACGCUGUGGGUGAGGUAGAAGAAAUUCAGCACAAAUUAAACAUUAGUAUGGAAGACUCUGUUUUUGAGGAAUUGCCCAGUUUAUCAAGCUCUUUCGUCAAGGUAGUGAAUGAAUCAGAGGACGGUUCAAUUAAAAGGCUGUUUGUAGCACAAGACUCGGCUGGAAGUUAUUCGUCAAUGACAAGGAUUAUGAAGAGAUACAAACUUAAUUAUCACGUAACUUCACGAGACUCGACGCCGGCUCCGGGAAGUGACGUCGAGUUCACGGGUUACCCUGGCUCUGUGACCAGCCAGGAUGAGUUCUACGUCAUCAAAGGAGAUAACCACCGUCUGGCUGUCACUGGGACGCCGUUGAAGAUAUAUAAUAACAAACUAUGGAAGAAUGUCAACAUCACUGAACAGGUGCCAAUAGGUCCACGCAUAACAGCCGCCAAUCACCUUUCAUCAAACGUCAGUACCUGGGGCCAUACUAUAGCUAGAAGUAAUUCCGGCACCGCCUGCAAGCAGUGGCUUGUAGUGGACUUCAACAAGAUGAAGAACGUUAGCGAUAGACACAGCGAGAAAAACACCAUCACGGAAACCAUGCUUGAUGACGACACAAAACACACGGUUGUUCAUCGCGCCGGCACAGGUCGGGCGAAGGGCUUGAUAUGGCUGAUCGAGCAGGUCCCCGCUCGCACUCACUCCGCAGACAUCUCUGAAGCAUUCCUUGAGAAGACUUACUGGGCCACGUAUGGACUGCCAUUCUUUGUUGACAUAGCAAAUGUUACGCACACGACGAAAAUGGAAGAGCUCUUCGGAACGAUAUUCUCAGAGACAUCAUCACCAAGAGCAAUCAUUUUCCAAAAUGGUUAUAAAAAUGCGACAACUUUGGAGAGCGUUAUAAAAUUAAUGAGAACCAAUAACAUAACUGCGUACAACGAAACUAGAAACAAAAUAAACUGUAACGACGACAACAACUGUAUUCUUAAAGAAAGUGAACAUUGGAAUAUCCUGGGUCUAAGAGGGGACUUGUUUGAAAAACAUAAAGAAGCUUACGGAAUUAUUGAUACUAAAGUAGUGACCGCUGACUCAAAGGACUCGCUGGAUUUCGUUGCAAUAUCAAGUCCACAGUUUACUGAGACUAAAACGGAGAACGCGACAAAAAUAAACAAAGGGAAUUUAGCGUCCACUUAUACGGAUCAAUUCGAUGACGUGCCGGUCAUAAACGGUUUAGAAAUACGAGAUCUAAUAAAACAACAACAGGAGGAAGCGGAGAGAGAAACAUUAGAACUAUUGAACAAAGACGCGGUUAAACCAUUCCAGUGGUCUAAAAGCGAAUUUAAAGAUGACGCUCACGAAGGUUUACCGGACAUAUGGAACUUUGGUAUCUACAGGCCCAAUUGGUCCUGGUGA